AUGUUUAAAUUAAUGUGGCAAUGUUUGUUCUCUCCUCGGCUUUACAAAAUUUAUGGGGUCAGUGAGAAAGAUGCUUUAUAUCAACCAAAACGCUUAGAAAAGAUUGGAGAUAAAAUAAUUGCAACUGCACAGAAUUUCCUUACUGUUGUCAGUUACACAUCACCAUUUAUUUGCACAUAUAUUUAUAGAAGAGGUUUCUUUUCUUGGGAUGAAGCAUUGUUUUUGAGUAAAUUCUUUUGUGGAGUGGGUUGUUUUAUUGUAUGCUCUCUGCUAUUACGGGCAGUGGGGAGAGCAAUGAAUUCUGAUUAUACAGAUUUCUUACAUGCCAUCAAUCGGCCAAAGACAGACAAGGAUUUUCUAAAUUCCAUUAGGAAAUAUGAUUUUGAUUUCUCAGCAUGGCCCGUGGGUUUUGCGAUGCCUGCGACUCCAAGCAAGCCUUGGUUCGAAAACAUUUCUUUCAAAAAGUGUGCUAAUGAGGAUUUACCAAUGUACCAAAGAAUGCCUCUUCAAAUAUUAGCCUAUAUUGCAGUGCACACGUUUGGCUUGCGAAUAAUCUAUCCCGGUACACUUGGACUUAUUAGAAAUUUUCUCUGGAAUACCCUAAUUGAGGGUAGAACGCAACUUAUUGAAAGUUAUCAUGGCAAGAGAGCAAAAAUUCUCACAUCUGAUUCUAACACUAUCGAUACUGUGUUCAUUGAUAAUCGUGCUCAUUCAAAUGGAAACAUAUUAGUAAUAUGUUGCGAGGGCAACUCUGGAUUUUACGAAAUUGGAAUUAUAACGACUCCAGUAAAGGCUGGAUUCUCUGCCCUUGGUUGGAACCAUCCUGGAUUUGCAGGCAGCACCGGCAUACCUUUUCCUAAGCAAGAGCAGAAUUCAAUCAAUGCCGUGAUGCAAUAUGCCAUUGAAGAAUUGAAAUUCCCAAUUGAAAACAUAGUCUUAUAUGGCUGGAGUAUUGGGGGAUAUACAGCCGUGUGGGCAGCCGCUAGCUAUCCUGAAAUCAAUGCUUUAAUCUUGGAUGCUACUUUCGACGACCUUUUGCCUCUUGCUCAAAAUCAAAUGCCGAAAUCGUGGUCCUUACUUGUUAAAGAAGUCGUUCGUUCCUACGUCGACUUGAAUAUAGCUGAAUUGUUACUUCAAUACAAGGGGCCGGUGCAACUAGUGCGACGCACAGAAGACGAAGUAAUAUGCCUAAGACAAGGACAGCUGGUCACAAACCGCGCUAAUGAUCUCCUUCUUUCGUUGUUGAAAUCUCGUUAUCCCCCAUGGUUCAACGAAGACGCGGAUUUAGAAGCGGCUGUAGUCAGUUUUGUUGGAAUGACUGAGAACCAGCGCGCGGCGAUUGAUACGGAGAAAUUGACAGAAGUCAAUCGACGUGGUCUGGAUUUGAUUAUUAAACACAUGACAGAUUUACAAUCAAUGCAUUGCGCACCUCUGCCUCCCAGCAAGUUCGCUGAUAUUAUGAAAAAUCAAAAGAACAUGUCUCACAUUAACGAAUUUAUCGGUAUAUUAAGAGGCCUUCGACAAGUUGUUGAAGCAGGUGUUAAAUUACAACAAGAAAACACUAAAUUAAUAUGGAAUAACUCAAGCUUUAAGCCGCUAAUUCAAAACUGUGCAUCUAACUCAGCCAAAAGCAAAUUGAAUCCGGACAUACCUAAGGAUAUUCUUGAGAGAGUCUUGGUUGUUAUUCAUGGUAUAAGACAGUAUGCUUUAAUGCAGGUGCCCAAUUUUAGUCACAGUGUUGAAAAAAAGACAAUGGAUACUCAACUGCAAGAUGAAAUUGAACAACUAAAUAGAGAGUUUGAUAAGACAUUUGAGAGUUUGAAGAAAUCCCAAACCGAAAGAAAAUCAGAAAUUUUAUCUGAAAAUAUCACAGUUCCUCUGGAGAAACUAAAGAUGCAAGCAGAACGGUUAAAAGUGAAAUCCAUUGAAAUGCCGAAGGUACUGGAUUCAAUUCCUUCAGAGUCAGCGGAUAUGGUUGCAACUCAUAUAGGACAGAUUAGUAAACCACCAUAUGUAGAACAAAGUAGUAUAUCAAAACCAGUAGCAAGAAAGAAGGUCAAAGUUGCUUUAAGUGAAAAUUCAAAGGCUCGGGUGGUGCCCUCAUCCCGUAUCGGUCGUAUGAUUUCAUUUGGUUCAUUAGCGGCCGGCUUGGGUGUAGGGACUGUUGCUCAAUAUGCUAGGAAUAGAAUCCAAUCAGUGACAGGAAAGACAGAAGAUACCAGCAAUGCUUUCCUCUCUCCAGCCAAUGCGGAAAGAAUUGUUGAUACACUGUGUAAAGUCAGAGGUGCUGCAUUGAAACUUGGCCAACUCCUCAGUAUUCAAGAUGAGUCUAUGAUACCAUCAGACUUGCAGCGUAUAUUCGAACGUGUCCGCCAGUCUGCUGACUUUAUGCCAACAUGGCAAGUGGAGAAAGUCAUGUCAUCUCAGCUUGGCCCGGAUUGGCGAAGCCGAGUACAAUAUUUCGAGGAGAAACCAUUUGCUGCAGCAUCCAUAGGGCAGGUCCAUUUGGCGAUAUUACACAAUGGACAGGAAGUGGCAAUGAAAGUUCAAUAUCCCGGAGUAGCUAAAGGAAUUAACAGCGAUAUUGACAAUCUUGUUGGAGUACUUAAGGUUUGGAAUCUAUUUCCCAAAGGCAUGUUUAUAGACAAUAUAGUGGAAGUUGCGAAGAAAGAGUUGGCUUGGGAGGUGGAUUACAUUCGCGAAGCAGAAUGCACUAGAAAGUUUAAGAAGUUACUCGCUCCAUUCCCCGAAUACUAUGUCCCGGAAGUAAUCGAUGAUCUCUGCGCCCCGGAAGUUAUGACCACAGAGCUGAUAGAGGGGCAGCCUAUAGAUAAACUAUUCAACGCAGGCCUUGAUACCCGACUGGACAUCGCCUACAAAAUAAUGCAGCUCUGUUUGAGAGAAAUGUUCGUGUUGCGUUGCAUGCAGACCGAUCCGAAUUGGGCAAACUUUUUCUACAAUACGAACACAAAACAGGUGGUGUUAUUAGACUUCGGUGCGACCCGCGAAUAUUCAAAAGAAUUCAUGGAUCAAUACAUUGAAAUCAUUCACGCAGCCUCCGAGGGUGACCGCGAGGCCAUUUUAAGGAUGUCACGAGAAAUGAAAUUUCUAACCGGUUACGAAUCAAAGAUAAUGGAAGAGACUCACGUGGACACAGUAAUGAUCAUGGGUGAAGUGUUCACGACGGAUGAUUCAGACGGGUUCGAUUUUGGCUCACAAAGCACCACUAAGCGCAUACAAUCUCUUGUGCCGACGAUUCUGACCCACAGAUUAUGCCCACCGCCAGAGGAAAUAUACUCGUUGCAUAGAAAACUAUCCGGCGUAUUUUUGCUCUGUUCCAAGCUAAAGGUAAAAAUGAACUGCCGGAAUAUGUUCCGAGAUAUAUACAAUCAAUACAAAAGUAACAGCUUCAAUAAAUAA